ACGUGGCUUUUGGUUCACUACAAGUUGUUAGAGCAAAGUGAGUGAAAGAACCGGUGAUCAUGGCCGAGGAUGCGACAGUGUCAGAGGACACUUUAACAUGUGCUCUGACUCUGAUGGUCAACAUGGGAAAAGUGCUUCUGCAGACAGCCACACAGGAGGCAGAAGACUCACUGGAGAAGUUUGUCCCAUAUAAGAUCACCACUUUACUCGGCCUGAUCAGAGCCGGAACAGAGUUCUACAAAAGCAUCGGAGUGAAGACGAAGAGCGAAGCAGAGGCCAUCUGGCAGAAGUCUUAUCACUGUGCAGCAGUGAGACAGCAGGUGGAGGAACUCCUGCAGCUGGAGAGUGAAUGGGACUCCUUCCUGGAGAGUGUGGACAGACGUCUGCAGAUGACAGACACACAGCUGUCAGGAGGAAAGAUCGCAGACAGCCUGAGCCCUGAUACUCCGUUCACUGAUGGACGGAGUGGAGAGAGUGUGACUCUGGGUAAGUACCUGGGUCAGGGUCAGAAGCCGCUGCUGGUCCUCAUCAGACAUUUUGGAUGACUACCGUGACGAGACCACGUGGCCGAGCUGGAGGCAAAUCAGGCUGUCCUCGAGGCUCGGUCAGUGCGGGUCUUGGUGGUUUCUUUCGGGGGUCUGGAGGGAGCUAAGGUGUGGCUGGAGCAGACUGGAUGUACCUUAGACAUGCUGCUGGAUCCACAGAGAAAGGUAUACAGGAGUUUUGGUCUCGGCUCUUCCUACGCCAAGGUGAUGAAGUUCGGCUGCCUGCUGAAGUACUCGGAGUACGGAGCUGUGGACAGAGACUUCCCCGAUGUCCCCUUUCGCCUGCUGGAAGAUAUCUACCAGAUGGGAGGUGACUUUUUGCUGGAUGAAGCAGGGAAGGUUCUUCUCUCUCACCCGUGUAAAAACCCAAUGGACAGGCCGACUGUGAAGGCCAUCCUGCAGGCACUGGACCCUUCAGGCUGCUCCACCGACCCUGCAGAGUAACAUCCAUAUGUGGACGACGAGCUGUGAAAGAUAUGUGAACGCUGGAGACACUUCGGUUGAUCGGAGGUUUAAUUGGUUCUUUUUUUUUUUUAACCACAUCACUGACACCAAAGAAGAAGAGCAGCUCUUUGACUCACGUUUAUGACGUCACGUCUCACACUCAUGACACCAUGAAGAAAUGUGACCGAUGCAGAACUGUAAGGCAAAGACAAAUGAUCUUUUUAGUUGUGUCAGUGUUGUGAUGGGAGAAAUAUCAAAUCAGUGUUACUACUGGAUUACAAUAUAAUUAAAUAUGAAAUUUAUUUAUAUAAUAUAAAUGUUAUUCAAAUUACACUGAUUUUAGUCAUGUUAGACUGUAUGGCAUUCCUUAAGGCCUUACUUUAAAGGUGCUGAAUCGACAUUCCGAGUAUUAAUAUAGCAGCAAACAGCUAUUUGCUAUGUAAAGAUGUAGUGGAGUAAUGUCUGCCUGAGCAGACAAUGAAGUAUCUCUGUUGUGGCCCACUGGCUGGCUAAUCACCACCACUCUGCACUGUGCUCAUACAGCAGUAACUACUAGAAACGCACUACCGACUCUCGUGGGGCCAAUCCUCCGGUUGCCAUGUUGAGAGCCUUGUGGAGUCAACAGAUAUGCCCAGAGUUUGGCAUUUAGCACCUUUUAAUAGUGAAUUAGGCAGGUUUUGGCGGUGGUUGUGGUAAGAGGUAACAUUUUUAGUUUUAGAAGGGACAAAUUACUACAUUACCCAGAAAUGGUGAUAUCACUGACUACUUCUUGACCGGUCAGGGUACAGAUGAAAGCUGCAGCUGAAUCCUCUUUUUCUUCUUUAAUCAUAAAACUUCACUUUGAGAUUUUACAGGAGAAAAAAAAGACAUAAUUGCUAGGAGCUGGGUGUAAAACCUCAAUGCUUUUUUUUGUUACCGACUGAAAUGUGUCUGGUGCACAGAGUAUCAAAAAGGUUAUAUACUAAAAAAAAUGAAUGUCUGGUCAGAUAUGUGGUCUUCUUGUCGUAUAAUGUGAUGAAAUUGUUCUUGAUUUAAAUAAACAUUUUGAAUUUUGUUUUCCCUUGUUAAAUAAAAAAGGUUUCCGUAAGAAAAAUAUGUCUAGGC